GCUCCUCCUCAUUGUCAAAAAUGUCUAGCACUCUAGCCUAUUAGCUUAAUCACCUAUUGGAAUUUAUUUUUUUAGUAGAUAAAGAGAAUUUCAACCUCUAACAGGUAACCCGAAGGCUGACACAAGUCACACAACAUGCGGAAUUAGUACAUUCAGGCAUUUAGCCAUGUAUUUCAUAUUUGUAAUGAACUAGUUUUCACAUUUCCCCGCUGUUGACAAGGUAUUCAAACGGGCUAAAAAGUCGCGGGCUUCCAAACUAUCUGCGGAUUCAAAUUAUAAUCAAGAACUCCCAAAAUGGCAACAGAAUCAUCUGAAGGAGAAGAUGAAGGAAAGCUAGUCGGAGGUAGCAAGGAUUUGGUUGUAGAUGGUGAUUUGCGCGAGAUGACGAAGAAUGCAGCUUGGAGUGUCAGUUCUUGUAAACCUGGUAAUGGCGUUCAAUGUCUCCGAGAUGAUAAUUUCGAAACGUAUUGGCAGUCUGAUGGAGCACAGCCUCAUAUGAUUAACAUUCAAUUUCAGAAGAAAGUGAAAUUGCAACUUAUUGUGCUGUAUGUCGAUUUUAAGCUCGACGAGAGCUACACACCUAGUAAGAUAUCGAUUCGGGCUGGUGAUGGGUUCCAUAACAUGAAGGAAAUAAAAGCUGUGGAGUUGGUCAAGCCAUCUGGUUGGGUGUAUAUCUCAUUAUCUGGAAAUGAUGCACGGGAAACUUUUGUUAAUACUUUCAUGCUGCAAAUUGCUGUUUUGUCAAAUCACCUUAAUGGAAGGGAUACCCAUGUGCGCCAGAUAAAAGUUUAUGGACCUAGACCGAAUCCUGUUCCGCGUCAGCCAUUUCAGUUCACCUCUGCUGAGUUUUUGACAUACUCCACUGUCAGAUGAGGAUAGUGAGAUGCCAUUGUUUCUGUAUCACUGCACUGCUGUAUGCCUGUAUAUGUAGUUUUUAUUGUUGCUUUGAGGCGAUCUUAUUUUUUCCUUUAUUGGUAACCAAGGGAUGAAGCUAUAACUGCUGAUUGGCUGCCUUGCAAAUCUUGUUAUAGAAGUAUACCAAGCACUCUGCCUGAACUGUAGGAAUUAGCUAAGGAUUGGCCUGAUUCAUAUGGUAUUGCCUAAUGAAAAUGUAUAACCGCUGAUUCGCAGCCUUUAUGCUUUUUCCCAUAAUGCUCAACUAUAGAUAGGUAUACCUUAUUUAGUUGUUUGUACUCCUAAAUGAUAAGUCGAGGAUGCUGAUUUGGCUUCCAGCUGAUUUGGUUUGUUUCCGGCAAUGUCUACAUUUGUUCAAUUUUGCA